ACAGCGAAUCGAUUUAAUCUUAGGGUGCACAGCCCUUUGCGGUUUGUGGUUAUAACUACCACUGAAUUAACGUAGUUCAUAUCAUACUGUGGCGUUGCCACUGGCACCUUGCGUGAAAUUUGCGCACGGUCGAAUUAAGUCUUUAAUGCUCUCGCUCAUGUGUGUAUGAGCGGUAUUUUUACAUUAAAAACGCAGUUUGAAGUGUAUGUAAAAUAUUAUACACAAUGCAGUACCAGCAAGCUCCUUUUGUGCCACGGAGCACACCUCCUCCAAGGAUGGUCACGAGUACGGUGAACGUGCCUGUAAAUCCUUCAGCGGGUGCGGUAUUCCGUCGUCAGAACACUGCGGGUCGUUUUAUGGGAACCAAGCUUGUCAAUGAUCAGCCUCCUUUCAAGCCUUCACCUGGCUGUCGUGUGCCUAUGAUGAUGCCUCGUUGCUCCACUGCAAGUGUGACUCCUAAGAACAUGCCUGGCUACAAUGCAUACCCUCAGGGAACUCCUCUUCCUCAACCCAGGUCAACGCCUACUAACAUCAAGACAGUUGUUUUACCUCAACACCGUCAGGGUACUACUCCUUCACCUAUGCGUGUGGUAGCCCGUGAGACUUCUCCUAUGGUCAUGCCUCGACAGGCUACUGCUGCAUCUAGGAAAAGCUUUGUACCGAGCUCGUAUGUUUCUAACGUCUACCCGAGCUACCCUCCUGCUGGUCCCAGCAGGGCGCCCACUUCACCACUAGUCCGUCAGCAGCGCUCCAACACAGCGUCAUUCACUCAACAAUCAGGCAUACCUAGACCUCAGGGCCACGUUGCAUUCCGUGGUAGAAACCAGACCAAGGGCUCUUCUGCUCAGAGGCGUCCUUCUGUGUUCAAUGAGAUGGUAACCAAGAUAAAGGAGAACGUUCCAAGUUUUCCCACGGUAGAAGCCAAGGAAGCAGCUCAAUUGGUUGGUGGUUUUGUUUCUGGUACUCUCAGUGUCCUUGCUCACAUUGUUGGUGACAUUCGUGGCGACAUUAUAAACGGGCUCUUCAAGCCAGAGGACCCCAGUUACGACGCUGCUAAGGCUUACUACUAUGCCAACAACAACCAUCCUCCCAUGCCCACUGGUAUGACUCAGCGCAUAGACUACAUUGAGGAAAUUGAGAGAUGCUCCCAAGCGCGUUCCAACAGUCGUCAUCGUGUUACUCCUAAAAAGCCUCAGGCGGUGCCGCAACCUCAGCACCAGGUGUUCCCGGAGCCUUUACGGCAGCAGCCUGCGUUCAAUCACCACCAGGGUGCUCCUGCCGCUAGGCUUAAGGAGCGUCCAACUGCAUUUGGUCAGGAUCCUAACAUGUUUGCUAUGAUGUCUGAGCGUUCUUUGGAGGAGUUUUUAAACGAGGGAUACUUGAGCUCUGCUCCUCCUUCUAUUCCUAGAUAAGUUUCUAUGGGUUCCGUGAAGCCAUUGGGACAACUUUUUUUUAUUGCUGCGUUAUAUCUAGUUCAAUCAUUGAUAU